AUGAAGGACCUAGCGCAGCUGUACCUCCUCGCAGCCCUCGCGGUUGUUCCAUCGCUAGCGCAGGACAUGAGCCCCUACCCCCAGUUCAGUCCCGAGUUCAAGCCUAUGGGUAAUCCCACGCCCGAAUUCGAAAACCUCUACCCGGCAAUUGUUCCUGGCGCCGCUGCAUCCAGACUUGGAAAACGGCAAAACUCGUGCCCGACGUCCAACAGCUACUUCUGCCCGAGCACAGGAAGGUGCUGUCCUACCGGGUACACUUGCAACGGGGAUACCACGAACGGGUGGUGCUGUCCAGUUGGCGGAGUUUGCGAUGGGUCGCUUUCCUACUGUCCUUCCGGACAAACAGAUUGUACCAGCAUUAUUGGUGUUAGCGGGUGCUGUCCCACGGCUACGCACGAGUGCUCAAAGGCCGGCGGAACCCCGGGGUGCCGGAGACUUGGCACUUCCGGUGGCUCAUCUAGCUCCAGUACCAGCACUUGUGAUGCUGGGAAUUAUCGGUGCACGGGCGGCGGCUGCUGUCCUAACGGGUGGACAUGUGUCGCUGGCACGAGCACCUGCCGGAAGCCAUGCGACGCGGACUGGACCCAAUGUUCUCCUAGCGGGUGCUGCAAGCCGGGAUACACUUGCUGCGCUUCUGGCGGGUGCUGUGAGUCGGGAUACUCUUGUAAUGACACCAGGGGGACGUGUCUGAAGAAUACGGGGGGGAGCAAACCUAGCACAACACGGUCUUCAACGGAACCCACUACCACGAGCACAACAAAGCCCUCAACCGAACCCACCACCAUCUCGAGCACAUCACGCCUUUCAACGAGACCCACCACCAUCUCUGACAAUUCCCUCGUCAACCCCUUCACCUCAAUAUCAGUGAGACCGACUUCCACCGUCGCCGACACAGAACCCACAUCGUUCCCCAAGCCUGAGAACGAAAAUCCCUCGGGGAGCGCGGAGGCCGGGGAGUCGAGUCCUGUUCCCCUUACAACAGCGCCGCCAAACGGGGGCAAUGCCAUAAAGCCG